AUGGAGACCACAUCCUACGGUGACCACGAUUCAAGACCUUCCACCGUUCCGCCGACGACUCCUGCGGACAGGGACCCUCUAUUCAUCAACCCUCGUCGUAAGUACAAACGGCGAGGUACUGGCUCCAUCUCCGACACGAAAAGCGAAGGCUCAGAAGAUGAGGCAGGUUCCUCCAUGUCAGAAUCAGAAGAACACGAACUAGGGCUAUUGGACUCGGAUGUCGAUGUUGAUGAUGACGGAGAAAGCGGUCUGAACAAACAUGAAAGGGGCAAAUACAACAAAAGAAAGAGGCGGCGGCAAGGGCUCGAUGCCAGAAUCGCGGGCACCACAGGUAUAUCCAAAGACGAGGCGCGCGAGGCAGACAAGAAUGUCGUCCGCAACCUGGUCAUCAAUGGCGUCUUCAUUCUCCUGUGGUAUUUCUUCUCUCUGGCCAUAUCCAUUUACAAUAAGAUGAUGUUCUCGUCCGACCAUCUCGAUUUCCACUUUCCGCUCUUCGCAACCUCGUUACACAUGGUUGUGCAAUUCAUCCUAGCCUCUUCUGUCCUUCUGAUAUUCCCUUCGCUACGGCCAUCUCGACCCCACUCGCCAGCGUUCGGGGACGAAACACAACCCUCCAAACCACUGAUCACCCCUCUGUUCUAUAUCACCCGACUGGUGCCCACGGGAACGACGACGUCUCUUGACAUCGGCCUAGGCAACACCUCUCUUCGCUUCAUCACCUUAACAUUCUACACCAUGUGUAAAUCCUCCGUCUUAAUCUUUGUCCUUGUGUUCGCGUUCCUCUUCCGCCUGGAAAAGCCGUCCCUCAAACUCAUCCUCAUUAUUCUCGCCAUGACCUUUGGCGUUCUCAUGAUGGUCGCCGGUGAAACAGCCUUUCAUGCUCUUGGCUUCGCGUUAGCCAUGUCGGCGUCCUUCUUUUCCGGCUUCCGGUGGGCCCUGACCCAGAUCCUACUCCUCCGCCAUCCUGCAACUUCCAAUCCAUUCGCCACGAUGUUUUUCAUCGCUCCUAUCAUGUUUGUCACGCUGUUCUUCAUAGCAUGCGUCUCUGAAACUCCAUCCGCAGUCAUCACGGGUAUCGUUCUCCUGGUUAGGGAACAUGGGAUCGUCAAAGCCCUACUUCUUCUGGUGGUUCCGGGAUGCAUCGCCUUCUGCAUGAUCGCGAGUGAGUUCACAUUACUCCAGCGCACCAGUGUCGUUACUCUCAGUAUAUGCGGCAUCUUCAAAGAGGUGGUCACCAUCAGCGCCGCAGGAAUUAUUUUCCAUGACGAGCUGUCGAUGGUUAACAUUACCGGGUUGAUCAUCACCAUUGUCAGCAUUGCCAGCUAUAACUACUUGAAGAUUGUCAAAAUGAGAGAAGAGGCGAGGGAAAAAUUGAAGAAGAAGGACGAGCAGCUGUAUCGCGAGUUGGAUGACGAGGACGAAGAUGAGUUGGGCAAUACCGCAGCAGCCGAUUUUGCUCAACUCGAUGACAACACGAGUGCAGUGCGCAACCCAACUACCAGUUCCGGCUCGGGUUCGAGAGCAGAACCUCCACCGAACAAUGUACCAAUCGCCUCGGCGAAGAGAAAGGAAAAUAUAGAAUAG